GUCCUCAGUCUCGAGAGUCGCACGCCAAGUGGAUCCCAGCUCGUCCACACACACACACACACACACACGCGCGCGCGCGUCACUCUCUGCGCCGGCUAAGCGGCAGAGACGAUGCCUCUGGAGAGGUGACCACCGGCGGAUCCCGAAGCGCAGUUCCCCGGCAAUUAUGGGAACCCCAGAACCAAUAUCAAACCCGAAUUAGCCGGUCCAUCUCAUACAACAUGGCGAGGAGGAGGAGGCGGUGAGAGCUCGAGAUAGAAGCGCUUUCCCCGCUCGGGCACACCGCGGCGCUCCUCUUGUCUCGUAAGAGGAUAAAGAACAAGGGAAACCAAGCUAUUUAUAAGCGGACCGUUCGGACUGUCCACCAUGAGCGGCGGGCCGGAUGAGAGCUCGGUGCGCGUCGCCCUGAGGAUCCGCCCUCAGCUGGCCAAAGAGAAGAUCGAGGGCUGCCACAUCUGCACGUACGUGAUGCCCGGGGAGCCGCAGGUGUUCCUGGGGAAGGACAAAGCCUUCACCUAUGACCACGUCUUUGAUAUGGACAGCCAGCAGGAGAGCAUCUACACGCACUGCACCGAGAGCCUCAUCGAGGGCUGCCUGGAGGGAUACAACGCCACGAUCUUUGCAUACGGACAGACGGGUUCGGGAAAGACCUACACCAUGGGGACCGGCUUCGACGUCAACAUCGAGGAGAACGAGCUGGGUAUCAUUCCGCGGGCCGUCCACCACCUGUUCAGAGGGAUCGAGGAGCGCAGACAGGCCGCCACCGAGCAGGGCAGGCCUGCUCCCGAGUUCAAGAUCAACGCACAAUUCCUGGAGUUGUACAACGAGGAGGUGCUGGACUUGUUUGACUCAACACGAGACAUCGAGGCCAGAAAGCAGAGAUCCAACAUCAAGAUCCACGAGGACGCCAACGGCGGCAUCUACACCGUGGGGGUCACCACUCGCACCGUCUCCUCCGCAGCUGAGAUGAUUCAGUGUCUGAAGCUGGGCGCUCUGUCUCGAACCACCGCCAGCACUCAGAUGAACGCGCAGAGUUCGCGCUCCCACGCCAUCUUCACCAUCCACCUGUGCCAAGUGCGAGUCUGCUCUCCCGAUAACGACGAGAACGUGACAGACAACCGUCUGGCUGACGACACAGAGAUCAACGAGUUUGAAACGCUGACGGCCAAGUUCCACUUUGUGGACCUGGCUGGUUCUGAGAGACUGAAGAGAACCGGAGCUACAGGGGACAGAGCCAAAGAGGGAAUCUCCAUCAACUGUGGGCUGCUUGCUCUAGGAAACGUCAUCAGUGCUCUGGGAGACAGGAGUAAGCGUUCCACUCACGUGCCUUACAGGGACUCCAAACUGACCCGGCUGCUACAGGACUCACUCGGUGGCAACAGUCAGACGGUGAUGAUCGCCUGCAUCAGCCCGUCGGACCGGGACUUCAUGGAGACCUUGAACGCUCUGAAGUACGCCAACAGAGCCCGGAACAUUAAGAACAAGGUGAUGGUGAACCAGGACAAGGCCAGCCAGCAGAUCAGCACCCUGAGGAUGGAGAUAGCGCGACUGCAGAUGGAGCUGAUGGAGUAUAAGACGGGGAAGCGUAUGGUGGGUGAAGAUGGCAUGGAGGGCAUCAACGACUUGGUCCAUGAGAACUCCAUGCUGCAAACGGAGAACAACAACCUGCGGGUGAGAGUGAAGGCCAUGCAGGAGACCAUCGACGCCCAGAGAGCCAGACUCACACAGAUCCUCAGUGACCAGGCCAACCAGGUCCUGGCCAAAGCAGGUGAAGGCAGCGAGGAGAUCGGGAACAUGAUUCAGAACUACAUCAAGGAAAUCGAGGAGCUCAGAGCUAAACUUCUUGAAAGCGAGGCUGUGAACGAGAAUCUGAGGAAGAGCUUGUCCCGGGCCUCCACUCGCUCCUCGCUGUACGGCGGCCCCGGCGGCGCCUUCUCCCAAACCCACCUCGUCCCCGAGAGGGAGGCCAGCGAUGUCAUCGAGAUGGCCAAGAAAAGUCUGGAGAAGCUGAAGAAGAAGGAGAGGAAGAAGAAGAAGAGUGUCAUCAAAGAGGAGGGGCCAGACAACGACCACGAGCGAGUCGACGAGGAGGCAGAGGAGGGCAGCGACCACGAAGAAGGCGAGGAGGCAGAUGGAGAGGAGGAGGACUUUGACAUUCCGGGGGACGACACCUCGGACGACUCUGACUCCGAAGAACUGGAGGAGAAAGAAAACGUCCAGGCCGACCUGGCCAACAUCACCUGCGAGAUCGCCAUCAAGCAGAAGCUGAUAGACGAGCUCGAGAACAGCCAGCGCCGUCUGCACACCCUCAAGCAGCAGUACGAACAGAAGCUGACGAUGCUACACAACAAGAUCCGAGACACGCAGCUGGAGAGGGACAAGGUGCUGCAUAAUAUGGGUUCGGUGGAGACGGGUACGGAGGAGAAGGCCAAGAAGAUCAAAACAGAGUAUGAGAGGAAGCUGAGCUCCAUGAACAAAGAGCUGCAGAAGCUCCAGUCAGCUCAGAAGGAGCACGCCCGUCUGCUGAAGAACCAGUCGCAGUACGAGAAGCAGCUCAAGAAACUCCAGCUGGAUGUGACCGAGAUGAAGAAGACCAAGGUGGUGCUGAUGCGUCAGAUGAAGGAGCAGCAGGAGAGAAACAGAGCCUCAGAGUGCCAGAGGAACAGGGAGAUCGCCUCCCUGAAGAAAGACCAGCGCAAAGCAGAGCACCAACUGAAGCAAAUGGAGGCCCAGAAAAGACAACAAGAGUUGAUUCUGCGCAGGAAGAAUGAAGAGGUGACAGCUCUCAGGCGGCAGGUGAGGCCCGUGUCUGGGAAGGUGAGCAGGAAGGUGAGCUUCCCAGAGCCUACCCAGGAGUCGUCUCAUAGAGCCCUCCCGGGAAGGAUGCAGACGUCUGGAGCCUCUCCAGUCAAUGGAGCGAGGAGUUCCCCACUGCGGAUAGGAAGUACCUAUCUCAACAGGACAGCCAGGGUCAAAUGGCAGUCACUGGAGAGACGUGUCACCGACAUCAUCAUGCAGAGGAUGACCAUCUCCAACAUGGAGACGGAUAUGAACAGACUGCUGAAGCAACGGGAAGAGCUGACCCGACGGAGGGAGCGGGUGUCCAGAAAGAGAGAAAAGAUGGCGGUGGAGGGUGCAGACGGCGACCGCUCGCUGGCCUCCCUGAACGAGGAGCUGGAGUCUCUGAGCGCCAACAUCGACUAUAUAAACGACAGCAUCGCUGAGUGCCAGGCCAACAUCAUGCAGAUGGAGGAGGCCAAGGAGGAAGGAGACACAGUGGAUGUUACCGCAGUGAUCAGCUCCUGUAACUUGUCAGAAGCCCGCUUCCUUCUGGAUCAUUUUAUGAAUAUGGCCAUCAGUAAGGGUCUGCUGGCGGCCCAGAAGGAUUCCCAGAUGAAGGUGAUGGAGGGCACUUUGAAGCAGACAGAGAUCAACAGCGCCACCCAGAACCAGCUGCUGUUCCACAUGCUGAAGGAGAAAGCGGAGAUCAACCCAGAGCUGGACGCUCUGCUGGGCAGCGCUCUGCAAGAGUUAGGUUACCUGUCACCGGAGAAUGGAGACGACAGUAGCAGUGACGAGUCCAACCCGGGUCCAGCUGCGGAGGGCGGCACACUGGCAUCAGAUCUAAUGAAGUUAUGUGGUGAAACCAGACCGAGAAGCAAGGCUCGCAGACGGACCACCACCCAGAUGGAGCUGCUGUAUGCCGGCAGCGGGGAUCCGUCCUGUGAACCCCCCACCGGAGACUUCUCGUCCCCUCUGCUGCCCCUCUCGGAGCGCCUCGAAGGCUCGGCCGACAUGCAGGGUCAAACGCUUGCUGACCGCGAGCAAACUGUUUCCCCUUCUGCGCUGUCUGCCAGGCCAGCUGGCAUUUCUGGAUCCAGGUCCCCGACAGGAACUGAGAGAAGGCUCCCUGAGCGCUCGCCCCUCGGCCGAAGGAGGGCGCAAGAGAAAGGAGCCACGGCGACUCACAUCCCAGCGCCCACGCACGCACCUCCGCUUAGCACAGCGGAGGCUAAAGCCAAAGGCAGUGAGCACAAACCACUGUUGGAGGAGUCGCCCGUAUUUGAAGGCCACAGAGGUGUGAUCAGCCCUUUGAAGAGCAGGCACGGGGCCAAACUCCAGUGUGUCUACGUAGCAGAGGGGCACACCAAACCUGUUCUCUGCGUGGAUGCCACAGAUGAUCUGCUCUUCACGGGAUCCAAAGACCGCACGUGCAAAGUCUGGAACUUGGUGACGGGUCAGGAGAUCAUGUCUCUGGCAGAUCAUCCCAGCAGUGUCGUCUCAGUCAGGUACACUUCAAGUCUCGUCUUCACCGUUUCAACCGCUUACAUCAAAGUGUGGGACAUACGAGACUCUGCCAAGUGUAUCCGCACGCUCACGUCAUCGGGCCAGGUGGGUUCAGGGGACAUCUGCUCGUCUGUCAGGAGUUUAUCCAUCCCACCAGGAGAGAGUCAGAUCAACCAGAUCGCCCUGAACCCCUCCGGCUCCUUCCUGUACGCUGCCGCUGGCAAUGCCGUGCGCAUGUGGGACCUCCGCAAAUUCGUGUCCACUGGGAAGCUUACUGGCCAUUUGGGACCUGUCAUGUGUCUGACCGUAGACAAAUUAGGUCACGGGCAGGACGUUGUCCUCACCGGCUCCAAAGACCAUCACAUUAAAAUGUUUGAGGUGGCAGAAGGUGCUCAGGGUAGCAUCAGCUCCAGCCAGACGUUUGACCCCGCCCAUCAGGACGGCGUGGAGUCUCUGGCCGUGCACGGGGAUGUUUUCUACAGCGGCUCCAGAGACUAUCACAUCAAGAAGUGGGACUUCGGCAGCAAGCGGCUGCUACAGUCCGUCAGCGCCCAGGCAGACUGGGUCAGCGCUCUGGGCGUGAUGCCGGGCUGCCCAGUGCUCCUCAGCGGCUGCAGAGGAGGGAUGCUGCGCCUCUGGCACGCCGACUCGCUGGCGCCCCUCGGAGAGGUCCGGGGACACGACAGUCCCAUCAACGGCCUGGCAACUAACGGCAGCCAACUGUUCACCGCCUCAGAUGACCGCACAGUGAAGAUUUGGGAGGCCAAAGGUUCUCUGGAGGAAGGAGUCCACUGACACCUGCUCCCGGAUCCGAAAUAGAGGGUCGUCUUCUGGCCUUUACCCAAUCAAAAUGUGUCAUUUAUGAAGCAACGAUAUCACCCAUGACCUGACGAAGUGUUGCAUUGAAGUCCGAAGUGCGGGUCCCACUGAAGAAGACUCUUUAAACAACACUGAUCCGUCACUGACGCUCCACUGGGAUCCGUUUCGGGGAGGUCUAAUUAGAAGCUCUCAGUCUUUCAAGCUGUGCUGAUAUUUAAGGUCAAGACGAAUCAAAGUGGAGCCUCUCAAGUCUCCUGCAGAGCUGACUGCACAACAGCCGCGACGGACGGCGUCUUCCAAAGCUGCGACAGACGACGGCAGAAUUAAAGUACAAAUAUGGACUUCUGUCUCAAUCAAACCAGGAGUCUCGCCUGUGCUUUUCAACAUUCCUCUCCUCCGCUCAGCACUCGGCAACAUGGACACCUUCUAUGCAUAACCUGUAGUGAAUUCUGCCCUAGCUGCCGAGGAAAAAAAGAAAACAGGUUUUGGUGAGGGGUUUUGCUUCCUUGCACCAAUUGUUGAUUGCUGAAAGAGUCUGUGUCCCAAAAACAAUACAUGGCUAUUUUCCUGCUUACCAGCGAUAACUGUGAGUCCAUCCUGUGUGUUCACAAUAUGCGUGACGUGUCGUGUCAAUUCUCCACAGGUCAUUGUUUGUGUGUGUGUGUGUGUGUGUGUGUUUGUGUGUGUGUGUGUGUGUGUGUGUUCACUGUAAGCAAGGACCAAAUAACUACUGAAACUGUGUAUGGUCUUAUUCUUCAGCGGUUACUGCCAAACCCUGUGGUGUAGAGGUUUUCAGAAUGGGAGGCGGACCUCCUCCGGGGUUAUCAAAACUGUGAAGGCUAACCGGCCUCAAUUGCUAAGUGUCUAUGGGAUCAAAUGAUAUAAACACAAUCCCAUAGGCAUCCUGCAAUUGAGCGAAACUGAGAAAGUAAACCAGUGGGGGGGGGGUCUUUGUCCAAGCUUUGACCGAGGGGAGGCCCCCGCUCUCUGACUUUGAAAACCCCUGCUCUAGUGGAACAUGAAAGCCCUCUAAGUAAACACACACUCCUUUCUGGGUCCUUUCACUUUUUUCUUUCUUUCUUGUAUUUCAGUCCGUGUUCAUUAAAUCAACUGCAGACCACCAAUGUUGUGUCUCUAUAAAAAAUGUUGUGUGUUUUCUCCCCUGAUACAAUUUCCGUUAGCUAAACAGAGCACCGAUCCAAUCCAAGUUAUUUUUAUAUAUCAAUUCAAAACCAGCUGACCAGCAGACGGUGAGAGCGUUCUCUCUCUCGGGCUGUCGGGUGCCGGGGGUCUUCCCCUAAAUCUGUUAGUUUAGCUCUAGAGUCAGACUCCACAAGAAGAUGAGGUCAGUGAGGCUGGAAGAUGAGACGCACAACACACUUGUUGUCUCUUCCAAAGAUUGGUUGUUAUUUAGUUUGUUCCCCUCCAAAAGUUUCGCCGUGGAGUUUUUAUCAGUUUUGUCAAAGGUCAAACUGAGUGCGACGACGAAUGCUGCCGGAGACUUCCUGUCUCUACCAAAUGCAUUCAUUUCUUGUAACAGCAAAAACAUUAGUGCAGAGGUUUAGCUUUUUGUUUCUGAGUAUAUUUUAUGGAACCGGAACACGUUUUCUCACCUUUUGGUCACACAAAGCCACAGUGGUGCUGCCGAGUGAGCGUCGCGCUUACUGCGCCACCGGUAUGAUCGCACACGAGACGCACAUAAAAACAUCAAGCAUCAUUCAAUCUUUUAAACGUGAGUCUAAAAUACUGCUAUUUAUUUAUUGUUUUAAUUCAUUUUUUUGAUGUUGCUGUUGUGUCUUCCUCAUCAAUCAGAGAUUUUUAACUGAUUACCGUCGAAUGCCUCUCAUAUCUCAGCAUUGGCCGGAACAGAUGCGAUGGAUUUCUGCGUAAUCAGAGGUGCCUGCAGUAAAUCCUAAACUGUGGAUCGUGACUGUAGAAUCGCUACAUGAUAAAUGUGGACUAUCCCUUAUUAAAAAUGUCAAGAUGUCCUUUUAAAUCUGUUGAAAAACACUUCCUGCUCUGGUUUGGAUAUUGUAUAUUGGCAAUGGAGAUGGGCUGAAAAUGCACUGAAUAGAAUAUAUUUUUUGCAACUUGAAAUCAGUAUUGCCCCAUCGUCUCACAACAUAGUUAAAUACAAAGCUACGUGAAAUAGAUUACUUACAGAAACUGGUUUGCAUUCCUAUUGACUUCCACCUGAAUUGCUGAAUUUAGAAAUAGAAAACAAACAAUAUGAGCUGUUAGUUUUCUUAAUUCAUAAUGAAUCAGAUGGCCUGCAAUUUAUUUUGUAUUCAUUAUCCUUCUAAUUGUAGUGUAAAUACCUUAGACUGUACAAAACGGUUAGAUUAGAAUAGGGAAAUAAAACUUGUUUUCUUCCUGCUGAUUCUCUUGUGUACAAUUUUAAACGAUUGAAAUAUCAGGUGCAGUGUGAAA